GAAUAAUCCUUUCGGGGAGUCCAUAUUCUGUGUAUGAUAAAGACGCACCACACGUUGACCCAAUGGUUUUUAACCUUGGAGUACCAUUGUUAGGCAUUUGUUAUGGGCUUCAAGAAAUUUCAUGGAAUUUUGGUGGUUCAGUUGCGCCUUGUGAUCACAGAGAAUACGGUCACGCAACAUUGAGUAUCAUAAAGCAUCAAGAUCAUCCGUUUGCCAAUAAGUUGUUCGAUGGUCUUGAGAAUGAUAUUCAGGUUUGGAUGAGUCACGGAGAUCAACUUGAUAGAGCGCCCGAUGGUUUUAAGGUCAUUGGUCAUACCUUAACUUCUCCAUUCGCCGUUAUCGUUCACGAAGAAAAAUACUUGUUUGGAAUGCAAUUUCAUCCAGAAGUUACUCAUACACCUCAUGGAAAAGAUAUCUUAAAAAAUUUUGUUACCAGUGUUUGUGGAUGUCAGACAAAUUGGACGAUGGAAUCAUUCAUUGAUAAAGAGAUUGAAAGAAUUCGUCAAAUAGUUGGUCCAAAUGGGCAGGUUGUUGGUGCAGUUAGUGGUGGUGUAGAUAGUACUGUAGCGGCUAAGCUGAUGAAAGAAGCCAUAGGAGACAGAUUUCAUGCAGUACUUGUUGAUAAUGGUGUGAUGAGACUUAAUGAAUGUCAAAUUGUCAAGAAACUGCUUGGUGAUCAUCUUGGUAUUAAUCUCAAAGUUGUAGAUGCUUCCAGUAAAUUCUUAGAUCGUCUCAAGGGGGUUACAGAUCCAGAAAAAAAGCGAAAAAUAAUCGGCAAUACAUUUAUUGAAGUAUUUGAAUCUGAGGCUGCAAAAAUUGACCUAGAAACUAAAGAAAGUGGACAUGGAAAUAUUGAGUAUCUUCUUCAAGGCACUCUUUAUCCAGAUGUUAUAGAAAGCAUUUCAUUUAAAGGCCCAAGUGCUACAAUUAAAACUCAUCACAAUGUUGGCGGAUUAACAAAAGAUAUGAAACUAAAGCUUAUAGAACCUCUAAGAGAAUUAUUCAAAGACGAAGUUCGCGAGCUUGGCAAAAUUCUAAAUUUAGACGAAGAUUUAAUUUGGCGUCAUCCUUUUCCCGGACCGGGAAUUGCUAUUCGUAUAUUAGGAGAAGUAACGCCAAGCCAAGUUGCCAUUGUCCGUGCUGCUGAUCAUAUAUACAUUGAAGAAAUAAAAAAAGCUGGACUCUAUCGGAAGAUUUCACAAGCUUAUGCUGCCUUGUUACCCGUAAAGGCGGUGGGUGUGAUGGGUGAUAAAAGGACAUACGAACAGGUUAUUGCAUUGAGAGCUGUAGAGACGACUGAUUUCAUGACAGCAGAUUGGUACCCAUUUCCUUAUGAUGCCUUGAAACGCAUUAGCAAUAGGAUUAUAAAUGAAGUAAAAGGAGUCAACAGAGUUGUUUAUGAUGUUUCAAGCAAACCACCAGCUACAAUAGAAUGGUAA